AUGCUCAAGGACCAGCAGCGCGGGUUCCUCCAGGCCUACGACGGCUGCGAGGGCCUCUGCAAGGCCCUGGGCAGCGACUCGGCGGCGGGCCUCGGCGGCGACGCGGGCGACCUCGCGUCGCGCCGCGAGACGUACGGCGCGAACUACAUCGAGCCGCCGGCGAUGAAGACCUACUGGGAGCUCAUCCUCGAGGGCUGCGAGGACAACACGGUGCAGGCGCUCAUCAUCUGCGCGACGGUGUCCCUGAUCAUGAUCGUCGCCGAGAAGCCGAGCCACCGCUUCGUCGCGUCCAUCGAGGGCGUCGCCAUCUUCCUCACCGUCGCGGUCGUGCUCAACCUCCAGGCGUCCAUCGAGUGGACGAAGGCGCGCGAGUUCCGGCGCCAGCAGGAGGAGCUCGAGUCCGACGCGCUCGUCUCCGUCGUCCGCGGGGGCAAGCCCGCGGAGAUCGCGCCGCGCGACAUCGUCGUCGGCGACGUCGUCCGCGUCGCCGUCGGCGACGUCAUCGCGGCCGACGGCAUCCUCCUCGAGGGCACGGACGUGAAGAUGGACGAGUCCGCCCUCACGGGCGAGCCCGUGCUCGUGGCCAAGGAGGCGGACGCGGCGCGCGACCCCUUUGUGCUCUCGGGCACGUCGGUGAUGACGGGCAGCGGCAAGCUGCUCGCCGUCGCCGUGGGCAUCAACAGCGUCCAGGGCCGCAUCUUCGCCGCCGUCCAGGGCAAGGCCGACGACGGCGGCGGCGCGAAGGAGGCGGCCAAGGCCGACGAGGAGAGCGCCGUCAAGCCCGAGGACGUCGAGGCGACGACGGACGGCGACGACGACGGCGGCAACCUCGAGGAGAAGAUGGACGGCCUGGCCAUGGACAUCGGCAAGGCGGGCCUCUACGUGUCGACGGUGGCCUUCGUCAUCAUGACCGUCGUCUACGUGUCCAUGCCCGCGAAGAACCUCGACGGCAAGAGCGGCGUGAAGAUCUUCGGCUCGAUCAUGCGCUUCUUCCUCGUCGCCGUGACGAUCCUCGUCGUCGCCGUGCCCGAGGGCCUGCCCCUCGCCGUCGCGCUCUGCAAGGCCAUCACCAUCGGCAAGAUGAUGGAGGACAACAACCGCGUCAAGCACAUGAACGCGUGCGAGACCAUGGGCUCCGCGACGACGAUCUGCUCCGACAAGACGGGCACGCUCACGCAGAACAAGAUGACGGUCAUGCGCAUGUACGUCGCCGACGCGCUCGUCGCCCACGACGACGCGUCCGGCGCGGAGGUGUCGGCGCAGCUCGGCGCCGGCUUCGGCGCGCCCUUCCUCGAGCUCGUGCACCAGUGCGCCGUGCUCAACUCCGGCGCGACGUCCAAGGCGUCGCUCGACGCGGCGACGAAGCAGUGGAAGUACCAGGGCAACGCGACGGAGUGCGCGCUCCUCAAGCUCUGCGCGCAGAUGGGCGUCGACGCGGACGCGAUGCGCGCGGACCCGCGGUUCAGGGACCCGACGGGCGCGUGCAAGCUCGACUGGGGCGUCAAGCAGUUCCCCUUCAGCUCCCAGCGGAAGAAGAUGUCCUGGGUCGUGCCGAAGCCCGGCGGCGGCUUCCGCCUCUUCACCAAGGGCGCGCCGACCCACGUCCUCGACUACGCCGCGGACGCGCUCUCCAAGGACGGCGCGAGCAAGCUCGCGCUCGACGCCGCGGGCUGCGACGCGACCGUCGAGUCCUUCCAGAAGGCGGCCAUGCGCACGCUCGCGCUCGCGUACCGCGACUUCGACGGCGUGCCCGAGGGCGGCUGGGACGCGCUCGCGCCCGGCCAGGACGACGCGAGCGACAUGAAGAUCUACGCCGCGGAGUGCGACGUCACGCUCGUCGCCAUCGUCGGCAUCGAGGACCCGCUGCGCCCGACGGUGACGCGCGCGAUCCGCCAGUGCAACACCGCGGGCGUCGACGUCCGCAUGUGCACGGGCGACGCGCUCGCGACGGCCGUCGCCAUCUCCGCGCAGUGCGGCAUCCUCCGGCCCCAGGACCUCGAGCCCCUGCCCGGCGGCGGCUCCGGGCCGAAGAAGAACUUCGCCAUGACGGGCGCGGAGUUCGACGAGCGCGUCCACGACGCCAAGGGCGACAAGAUCAUCGACAUGGCCGCCUUCGACGCGAUCUGGCCCAAGCUGCGCGUGCUCGCGCGGUGCCAGCCCGAGGACAAGCUCGCGCUCGUGACGGGCAUGCGGCGGUCGCGCGUCUUCGAGCAGGCCGCCUACGUCGUCGCGGUCACGGGCGACGGCACGAACGACGCGCCCGCGCUCUCCGCGGCGAACGUGGGCUUCGCCAUGGGCAUCGUCGGCACCGACAUCGCGAAGCAGGCCUGCGACAUCAUCCUCCUCGACGACAACUUCGCGUCGACGGUCGCGGCCGUCAAGUGGGGCCGCAACGUCUUCGACUCCAUCUCCAAGUUCUGCCAGUUCCAGCUGACCGUGAACAUCGCCGCGAUCUUCGUCGCGUGCAUCGGCGCGCUCGUCUACGGCAUGUCGCCGCUCGGCGCCGUGCAGAUGCUCUGGGUCAACGUGAUCAUGGACUCGCUCGCGUCCGUCGCGCUCGCGUCCGAGCCGCCGACGGAGGCGCUCCUCGAGCGCGCGCCCUACGGCAAGAAGCGGCCGAUGAUCACGCGCGUCAUGUGGCACAACAUGCUCGGCCAGGCGGCCUACCAGCUCGUCGUCGUCUGCUUCCUCCUCUUCAGCGAGCCCAUCAUGGACCAGCUCAAGCACCAGAACGAGGCCGUGGAGGAGGGCACGCGCCACUUCACCGUCGUCUUCAACACGUUCGUGCUCAUGCAGCUCUUCAACGAGUUCAACAGCCGCCAGCUCCAGACGGUGGAGGCGCUCCGCGAGUCGUGGGCCGAGUGGAACGUCAUGCGCGGCGUGACCAAGAACCCGCUCUUCGUCGGCGUCAUGGCGAUCACGUUCGUGCUCCAGUACAUCCUCGUCCAGUUCACGGGCCUCUUCUUCAAGGUCCGGCCCCUCACGGCGCACCAGUGGGGGCUCUGCGCGGCCAUCGCCGUCGGCGCGCUC